UUAUAAAAAGUCAUUGACUGUCAAUUCAAAGUUCAUAAAGUCAAAAACAUAACCUCUCUUAUCUAACCUAAAAUGUAAAAUCGAAGUACUUUUUCGAUCAAAAUAAUUGUGUAAUUUGUGGAAGUGCGUAGUGAAAGUGUAUAAAUAAUGUUAAAGAAUAUCAUCUUCACAAAGGAAAAUAGUUGACACAAAAAAUUAUUUGAUAGUUAAUGAAAAAUAGGAAAUGGAAAAAAUGUCUUCAUACAAAAUUUUAGAUAACGCGUAUAUCCGGAUUAUAUUUUAUGUAUCGAAGAUUCGAUUUAGAAAUUUACCAUCAUUCUUUUUUCCUUUACACAUGUACGUAGUUUACAUGCAAAUUUGUAAAAGAAGGAAAUAUUUUAAUAUAAUUUCAGUGCCAGAUAAAUUAAUCUUAAAAUUAUUAAGCGAACACUCGAAUUUGUCGAAUCAUGAUCAUUUAAAUUGCGUAAUCGUUUCGAAAAGAUAUCAAUUGGAAGUUGAAUUGGGUGAUUAUGCCAGAUUGGUGUCACAUAACAAAUUUAGAACUGCUCAAGUAUUAGGUUUAGAUAUUAACUAUAAUAAUAUAUACAUUGGACACACUUUGCAUCAUAAUUUAGUUAAAGAUGGGAUUACGAAAUCAGCAAGAGUUUGUUUAAUGAAUGCAUCAAAUAUACGAGUUGCAAACGAAGUAGAAAUAUGUAUAAAUAAUUCCAGAAACGAUUUCGGAAACCUCAUUACAGAUACGAUUUUAAAAAACUAUUUUCUUACUCCAAAAAUUAUUCGAAUGGGUGAUAUUUUAACAAUAAACAUUCAAACUUACGCACCCGAAUUUAUUGUAAAAAAUUUAAAAAUUAAAGAUGACCUUUACGUUAAAUGCACUAAAAUUAAUGGAAGCCGAGAGUUUGAGUUACCUUAUUUUUGUGUUUUUGGUAAAACUACAGUUAAACAAUCCGCUCAUGUUAUGGAAUUUAUACCAAGAAAAGAACAAAUUAUUAGUUUUCAAUCAAAUAAUAUUGAAAAUGUGGAAGAAAAUUUAAAUACUGCUUACCCUGAAGGAUUUCAAACUAGAUUUUCUUCAUUGGAAAAAGCUAUUACACCAUUUUUAAAGAAAAAAAAAUUAAAAUUAUCACCAAUUUUUCUUAUCCACGGUAAUAAAGGAUCGGGCAAAAACUUUUUAGUACAAGCAUUAGCUGAUAAACUAGGAUUAAGCGUUUAUAAAGACUUUGGGAACGAACUUUCUUUACCUACCUACACUCAAACUGAAACCUUAAUAAAAAAUACAUUUCUUCGAGCAAAACUUUCCGCGCCAUGUAUUUUUAUUCUAGACAAUUUCGAAAGUUUCGGUAAAAAUUCUGAAGGCCAAUUCGAUUUGCGUAUUGUAAACUAUCUAAAAACCCAAUUACAAACGCUUCAAAGUAGUUUGAAUCCGGUCAUUCUGAUUUGUUUAAGUAAUUCAAAAGAUUUACAACCGGAUUGUAGUCGAAUCUUUUUGGAAACGUUCGAUUUUGGUUCUUUAAAUCAAGAAGAACGAUGUAGCGUAUUAGAAUGGUUAAUUAAAGUACAAUUUGGGAUUCAAAAAGAUGUUGAUUGUAAUGAUAUUAGUGGAAAAACUCAUGGAUUUUUAUUUGAAGAUCUUAAAGCAUUGGUUUAUUAUUCUUAUAAAAAUGCUUAUGAAAAGAAUCGAAACGAAAUGAUUUCUGAUGAUUUUUAUAAAGCUUUGGAUAUUUUACAAGCAAAUUACACCGAAAGUCUUGGAGCACCAAAAGUACCUAAAGUACAAUGGUCCGAUGUUGGUGGGUUAACUGACGUUAAAGAAGAAAUUAUAAAAACUAUAAAUCUUCCAUUAAAACAUCCGAAACUUUUAAAAACGUCGGGAUUAAAAAGAUCAGGAAUUUUAUUAUAUGGACCCCCUGGAACCGGAAAAACUUUAAUAGCAAAAGCAGUCGCUACAGAAUGUGGUUUAUGUUUUUUAUCAGUGAAAGGGCCCGAAUUACUCAACAUGUACGUUGGCCAAUCAGAGCAAAACGUUAGAGAGGUUUUUGAAAGAGCUCGAGAAGCAUCACCAUGCAUUAUUUUCUUUGAUGAAUUAGAUUCUUUGGCCCCAAAUAGAGGAUUAUCAGGUGAUUCUGGAGGCGUCAUGGACCGAGUUGUAUCCCAACUUUUAUCCGAAAUGGACGGAUUAAACGAGGAAGCCACUAUCUUUAUUAUAGGAGCUACAAACCGUCCAGAUUUAAUUGACCCAGCUCUUUUAAGACCUGGAAGAUUCGAUAAAUUGUUGUAUGUAGGUCCCGCACAAGAUGUUCCAUCAAAAACAAGCGUUUUAAAAGCUUUAACACGCAAAUUUAAUUUGGAUGAAGACGUUAAUUUGGAAAAUAUUGUUGAAAAAUGUCCAAAGAAUAUUUCUGGAGCUGAUUUUUAUGGGUUGUGCUCUUCGGCUUGGUUGUCCGCCGUUAGAAGGUUAAUUAAGAAAAUUGAGGAAGGAAGGCGAAAAGUGGAAGAGUUGAGUCAUGAGGAUGUUAUUGUUAAUUCUGAAGAUUUUAAAGUUGCUGCUAAAACGAUAAAGCCAUCAAUAAGUCCUAAAGAUUUAAUGUAUUUUGAAAAAUUAAAGCUAGAGUUUAGUGCUAAGAAAUGAAAUUAUUGAAGUGAUUUAAAUUAACUUUGAC